AGCACCGCGGCGGCCCCCAGCCCCGUGAUGGGCAGCAUGGCUCCCAGUGACGCAAUGGCCGCAGGCCCGAUGGCGCCCGGCUUCUUCCAGCCCUUCAUGUCACCGCGGUUCCCAGGGGGCCCCCGGCCCACCCUGCGGAUGCCGAGUCAGCCUCCCGUGGGCCUCCCCGGCGCCCAGCCCCUCCUCCCCGGCGCCAUGGACCCCUCCCCGCGGGCUCAGGGGCACCCGAGCAUGGGCGGCCCAAUGCAGAGGGUGACGCCUCCGCGGGGCCUGGCCAGCCUUGGGCCGCAGGUGAGGCGGGGCCCGGUGGGUGGCGGACUGGGCUGUCCCCGCGCUCCUCUCACGGUCCCUUUGGCUCCCCAGGGCUACGGGGGCGGCAUGAGGCCCCCGCCCAACUCCCUCGCCGGCCCGGGGCUGCCCGCCAUGAGCAUGAUCCCGGGCGCGCGCGGCCCCUGGGCCAGUCCCAGCGGCAACUCGAUCCCCUACUCCUCCUCGUCCCCCGGCAGCAGCUACACGGGACCCCCCGGAGGAGGCGGGCCCCCCGGGACGCCCAUCAUGCCCAGCCCUGGAGACUCCACCACGUCCAGCGAGAGCAUGUACGCCGUGCUGAACCCCAUCGGCCCGGGCGCCGCCAGGGCUAACUUCCCGCUGGGCCCUGGCGCCGAGGGCCCCAUGGCCGCCAUGAGCGCGAUGGAGCCACACCACGUGAACGGAUCCCUGGGCUCUGGCGACGUGGACGGGCUGCCGAAGAGCUCCCCCGGCGCCGUGGGCGGCCUGAGCAACGCCCCGGGCACCCCGCGGGACGACGGCGACAUGGCCGGGACCUUCCUGCACCCGUUCCCGGGCGAAAGCGUAAGCGACUGCGUCGACUCCCCCACCGCGGCGGCGGCGGCGGGCCGGAGGGGCCUGGCGGGGCGGCCCCGGCGGGGCGGCCGGGGGGCCAGAGCAAGACCGUGACCGCGGCGGGCCAGUACUCCCCGGGGAUGACCAUGAGCGUGUGACCGCGGGCCCGCGAGCCCCGCGCCGCGGACUCUCACGCGUACACACGCAAGGACCUCAGCGACGCUCGUCCCACGCUCCCCGCCGCGCGCGUCCGGGGGCUGCGGGACCGACGCCUGUCAAUAAAGGAAACGCGGUUUUGGUAGCCGUGUCCGUCCCUGGCUG